AUGACCAUUUGGACAGUUCAGAUGGGGGACCGUUCCAAUCCUCAUUUGGUAGGAAACAUUCAUUCAACAUGUGCCAUCCCCGGACUGCAGGGAAUAUGUAAUGUUGUUAGUCAUCGCUUGCACUCCCAUAAUAAAAAUGAUGUAAUGAACUCAACUCUUGAAGACAUAAAGUUCUCUAAUGCAGCAGUGUAAUCCUUUUCUAGAGGCAGAUGAUCACCAUUGCUUGGUGGGGAUAAGACAGGACGAAGGUCAGCCAACUACAUCUGCAGCAGCCAGGAGGGAAGAUUGGGUCACUAACCUGGGCCGGAGGACAAAGACAAAGAGGCUUAGCAUGUGUGACAAACUGGCCAUGGAAUUUAAUGAGCGCAAACUAAUGUAUUUAAAAGAAGAGCAUGAUAUGAAGAUGCAAAUAAUUUAUGUUGAGUUGGCUAUGAAGGAGGAAUAG